UGCAGUUGCCGGCAGACCCGGAAGUGAAUUGGGCUGAGCGACAGGAACGUUCGGGUGAGUGAAUUCCGGAUGGUCAGUUUCAAGCCCGCCGCGCUCCGCGGCCCCACAGCCUCCAGCCGUCCACACUGGGGCCCUCUGGAGGUUACAGCGGCGGCCCUCGCCUUCCUGCCCACGAUGAGUCCCGGCGUCGCCGUGAGACGUGCCGAGGCCUGGUAGCGCCGGGUCGCGGCGUCCUUGUGGAGACCGCCUCGGUUCGUGGAGACCGCCGCUUCCGGUGCCUCCCUGCCCUCGCAUUCCUCCGUCCCGGAUCCAGGGGGGCGGGGCCCCGUUGUGUGCGGCGCUUGCCGAGGGCCGGUGCGGCCGCAGAGCGCGUGGGCUUCACAGCCGGGCAGGGAGUUGCGAGGAAAAGGGGAGACUCCGCCUCGCCGGCCUGUCUCUGUUCACGGGCCCUCCCGGGGCAGUGGGCGGCGGAGGAGUGUCUUUCCGCGUGUUGAGGUCCUCCCUCUGUGUGUGGUUGUGUCCCGGGAAGGGGGAUGUGCAUUCUAGGCAUUAAACAGCCCGUGUUCAGCCCUCACCGUCCACUUGUCAAGACUGAUCUUAUCCGAGAAGUAAGUCCAGGAGAAGAGGAAAGGAAGAGGAGGCCAAAAUGUCGCGUUCCCAGGUGCUGUUGACCUUCAGGGAUGUGGCCAUAGAAUUCUCUCAGGAGGAGUGGGAGUGCCUGGACCCUGCUCAGAGGGCCUUGUACAAGGACGUGAUGUUGGAGAACUAUAGGAACCUGGUCUCCCUGGAUAUCUCUGUUAGAAGUAUGAUUAAGGAAUUAUCACCAAAAGAGGAUAUUAACAAAGAAGAAUUAUUCCAAACAUUGAUGUUGGAAAGACACAAAAGAAAUGACAUCAAGGAUUUGGGUUUCAGAGAAGUCCAGCAAAAUAUGCAUGAGUUUGAAAGUCAGUAUACAUAUGAUGAAACAAAUUACAAAGGAGUAACCGCAGCCCAUAACCAAAAUUUCACUGGUAGAAGAGAUCAACGGCAUAACAAAUCCUGGAAUGAUUUCCCUCUAAAGCAGAGUGUUUCUGUAAGAAAAAGUACUUAUCAAUAUUACAAACAUGAGAAGUCAUAUAAAAGGUAUUUGUUAAAACUAAAAAAUAACAUAACCUGUGCAGGAAACAAGUAUAUAAAAUGUUUUGAAAAUGGAAUUGGAUUAAAGUUUCAGUUGCAUCUGGCUGACCUUCAGAAUUUUCAAACUGAAGAGAAAAUUUAUGAAUAUAAUCAAGUUGAGGAGUUGAUCAACAGUAGUUCUGUUUCACCCCUUCAAAGAAUUCCUCCUAGCAUCAACAUGAACAUUUGUAAUAAAUCUGGGAAACUUUUUAUGCAUGCUUCAUUACUUACACAUCAAAAAACACCUCUUAGUGAAAAACCUUACAAAUGUAAUGACUGUGGGAAGGCUUUUAGAGAAAGCUCAAACCUCAUUAGUCAUCAGAGAAUUCAUUCUGAGCAGAGGCCUUACAAAUGUAAUGAGUGUGGCAAAGCCUUUACCCAAUUUGCAAAACUUACUAGACAUCAGAGAAUCCAUACCAGAGAGAAACCAUAUCAAUGUAAUAUAUGUGGCAAGGGCUGUAGUCAAAAUUCAAAUCUUGCACGGCAUUGGAAAAUUCAUACUGGAGAGAAACCUUACAAAUGUAAUGAGUGUGGCAAAGUCUUUUCUGAGUAUUCAAGCCUUACUCGACAUAAGAGAAUCCAUACUGGAGAGAAACCUUAUAAAUGUAAUGAAUGUGGGAAGACUUUUAGAGGAAGCUCGAAUCUCACCAAUCAUCAGAGAAUUCAUUCUGGGCAGAGACCUUACAAAUGUAAUGAGUGUGACAAAUCCUUUAACCGCAUAUCACACCUCACUAGACACCAGAGAAUCCAUACUGGAGAGAAACCAUAUAAAUGUAAUAUAUGUGACAAGGUCUGUAGUCAACAUUCAAAUCUUAUAAUUCAUCAGAGAGUUCAUACAGGCGAGAAGCCUUACAUAUGUGAUGAGUGUGGCAAAGCCUUUAUGGAGCGUUCAAGCCUUACUCAACAUAAGAGAAUCCAUAGUGGAGAAAAGCCUUACAAAUGUAAGGAAUGUGGCAAAGCCUUUAACCAGUCCUCUAACCUUGUCAUACAUCAGAUAAUUCAUACUGGAGAGAAGCCUUAUAAAUGUAAUGAGUGUGGCAAAGCCUUUAAUGUGUGUUCAAGCCUUACCCGACAUCAAAGAAUCCAUACUGGGGAGAAGCCUUAUAAAUGUAAUGAAUGUGACAAGGCCUUUACCCAAUUUGCAAAUCUUAUUAGACAUCAGAAAACGCAUACUGAAAAGAAACAUUGUAAACCUAAUAUAUGUGGAAAUGCUUUUAUCCAAAGAUCAAGCACUGGGGAUUAUCAGAGAAUUUGUAGUGAAGAGAAACCUCACAAAUGUCAUGUGUGUAGCAAAACCUUUAAUGUGUGUUCAAGCCUUACUCGACAUCAAAGAAUCCAUACUGAACAGAAGCCAUGUAAAAGUCAUGUAUUUGGCAAAGCCUGUAACCAGGGCUCAGAGUUAAUUAGACACCAGAAUAUGCAUCUUUGAAAGAAAGCACAAAAAUGUAAUGGGUGUGGCAAGGCUUUUAUCCAAAGAUCAAGCAUAUGUAAUAUUAUCCCCUACUGGAGAGAAACCUUAUAAAUGUAAUGAAUGUGUUAAACUUUUAUGAGAUGUUCAGAUGUUUACCCAAGGGGUCAUGAGAGAAUUCACAUCAGAGAGAAAACAAAAAUGUAUUGAAAAUGGUAAGGCCUUUAGACAACGAUCUGACCUCAGGAUUCACCAAAGAAUUUACAUUGUAGAGAAACCUUAAAACUGUAAUGAAUGUGAUAAAUUAUUUAACCAUUUCUCACAAUCGGCUACACAUCAGAUAAUUCAUAGUAGAGAAAACAGUCUCUUCUUCUGAAAGAUUAUUCAAUUAAAUUCUAAAUAAAUUUAAUAAUUGAUAAUUGAUUAAUUAAAAAUCAAAAUUAUAAUACCUAUAAUGGCUGUCAAAGUUACAAGGAUCCCCGUGGAAAGGUCCUGUUACCUUCAUUUUAUUAAAUAGUUUCUUUCGGGUUUCUUGAAAAGGCCAAAUUACUAUCAAUGAUUUUCAUCCUGAGGUUUGAAAUCUGUUGAUAAUAUACUUUCAUUACAGUCCUUUCAUGUUACCAUGAAGAUCUCUUGGAAAGGUUUAAUAAGAUAAAAGGGCAGACUUCAUUAGGUGAUGUUCAUUCAUGUCCAGAAUUUCCUGGAAGAACAAGAACACUGAAUUUAUAAUCCAAUAUAAUAUAAAUUUGAAUGACAGCAUGAGUGGCAUAUAAGAGAUGUAAAACUAUGAUCUAAGUCAUGAUUAAUGUGUUAAGGACCCUCUUCUCCAGAUUUGUUGUUAUGGGGCUUUUAUGGUGGAGCUGAGGAGAGGGUACUGAAUGUGGCUUAAACUUUCCACCGGUGACAAAGAAAGAGUACACAGCCUUUCUAAUCAGCCUACAUAGGUGUGAGGUAGAAUGGGAGGAGGGAUGGGAGACUUAAAGCUGUUAAUAGUCAAAUAAUAAAAAUGAGGUUAGACUAAUUCAACACUGAACAUUUACUUUUGAAGUGUCUCACUCCUUGGUUGGGAAAGACCACAAUUUUCCUCAUGCUAAUAACUGCAUUUCCUUUGCUGCUGCACAGGUAGGAUUCUUUAUACAAUAUGUUAUUGAACAUGUUUGUGAAAUACUCUUUAGAUAAAUUGUGAUAUUUUUGUGGUAUUUUCAUGAAAAUUAAUGUGUAGAAGUUUUAUCAGACAAUAAAUAUGAUUUAAGGAUUUUACUAGGAGAGCAAUUUUUUAAAGCCUAGAAAAAUCUAAAUUUGAAAUUAUGGUAACAAGCCUUAUGGUUCAUGGUUCUUUUUCAACUGUGUUGGAAAUUCAUUUUAAUUUUCUUAUAAAAUUUUUCCUUACCACUUUUCCCUCCACGUGUUUUAAAUCAAUUUUUAUAUAUGUAAUUUACAUUUCACCCCUUUAGUCAGUAAAAAAUUUGGAGGCUGUAUGACAAAGGGGUGGUUUUGAAACUUCUGUAACAUAAAAAUGGGAGGUACAAAAUAAGUGCUUUGUGAAUGUAAAGAAAGAGGGUCCUUUAUGUCUUUAGUUCAGUGUUAAUAACUGCAGUGGUACAAGAUGAACUGACAUCUUGAAAUGUGAAGGCAGGAGAUCUAAAUGCUUCCCUGAAAGUCACACUGGAAUUUUGGUUAAAAAUAUGCUCAUUUCACUGGAAAAGUAUAUAAAAUUCAUUCUUUUCCUGCCAUUAAAAUUGCUAUCAUCAUCACUUCUGCAGUGGAGAUUGGGCCCUAUAUCUCCAAGGUCUUGAGCCCAGAGUCAGUCUGUCAGAAUGUUUUCCUGAAUUCAAUGUAAAUACAUUAGAUAUUUGUUCAUUUUAUUUAUAUAUAAUUCACAUGCCAUAAAAUUGAUACCUUAACAGUGUGCAAUUAAGUGGCUUUUUGUUUAUUCACAAUUUUGUAAAACCUAUCAGUACUAACUCCAGAACAAUUUCAUCACCCUACAAAAAACCCCAUACUCUUAACACUCCACACCCCCACCCCUUGGAAACCAGCACUGUAAUUUCUAUGUUUGUCCCAAUUCUGGGCAUUUCAUAUAAAUGAAAUCAUAUAAUGUGUGGCCUCUUGUGUCUACCUUUUGUAUAUGGUAUGAGGUAGGGGUCCAGCUUCAUUCUUUUCCAUGUAGAUUUCCAGUUGUCCCAUCCAUUCAAUAUUUUUAAGCAUCAGAGUUCCUUUACUAGAUUUUGAAAUAUCAAAAUUGCUCUUUCAUUGGGAUGAAUUGAUAGGACCAGUGGGCCAUGGAACCAAUACAGUCAUGCUGGUUGAGAUUUUUAGACUUUGAAAAUACAGAAAUAGUAAUAUUCUGAGGUAUUGUAACAAUCUGUGUUUGGUCAGGAGAACAUAUACAUACAAUUAUAUAAGAGUAAGAAUUAUAUAAAUUAAGUCAAGAGUUUAGAAGGAGUUUGAGCAGUGAAAUGUAUGAAAAACUGGUGGAUCAUAGAGUAAGUCACUGGUAACUACAUCCUAAAGCCCCAUGGUGGGUGGAGAAGCCAAAGAUCAUGCAUAUGUUUGAGAAGUUACUGCCUCUGGUUGCCUUAAAUAUGUAGUUAGAGCUGGUGAGAAGGUCUGCAAAAUCUUUAUCUGGUCACUGGUUUCUCCUGAGAUUAACAUUUUCUGCUUCACUUUUGCCUUCCAAAUUCCAUAUAGGUUUUUCUCAUUGGCAAACUUCAGUGAGAAUCAUACAGCAUUUAAAAGCAAAAGUAUGGACCAUAGCAGACUGGGACAAGGGAUGAUGGGACAAGCAUUAGAAAGACCAAACGCAUGGGGAGAGACUGAAGAGAAAAAAAUGUG